AUGCCGAAGAGGACCGGGCAACUUGUCUGGUUCGUGACCGGCUGCUCCUCAGGCCUAGGCGAGGCUCUGGUGCGAGCCAUUCUAGCCAAAGGAGAUAAAGUCAUAGCCACGGCCCGUGCAAGCGAGGGAAUCAGAGGAGAAGACCGGCUCCGCGCACUGCAACACGCUGGCGCCAGAGUACUCGAAUUAGACAUAAAUUCCCCCCAAUUAGAUCUCAUUGAGAUAGCAAGGGUGGCAUGGGGAAUGUACGGCCAUAUAGAUGUGCUAGUGAACAACGCAGGCUACCUUGAUGUCGGAGUCACAGAACAAUACGACACAAAACACUUAACAAAUAUACUUCACACAAACGUCUUCGGUCCUCUCAAUUUAUGUCGCGCCUUCCUCCCACUAAUGCGCGCCCGCAAAACCGGCACUCUCCUUUUCGCAGGCUGUGCAGGCCUCUAUAACGCCUCAAGCUAUGUAGGCUCCAAAGCGCUCUUAGAAGGAAUAGUCACACAUAUGGCGGAUGAGAUUGCUCCAUUCGGACUCCGAACAAGCAUAGUGAUGUUUGGAUAUUUCCGCACAGAGCUGUUCGCGCCGGGGAAUAUCAAAUGCAGUGCGCCGAAUCGCGUACCCGAUUAUGCGGAGCUGGAUCGUCUUGUUGAGCAGAUCUGUACGCAGGCAGAUGGGACGCAGGCGGGGGAUCCGCGAAAGGCGUGUGAGUUGGUCGUUGAGGCUGUUAGGGGGGAGGGGAGGUGCUUUGGAAAAGACUUACCGCUGAGGUUGCCUGUUGGGCCGGAUGCGUUUGAGGUCAUCAGGGAGGAGUGUUUGGAAAAGUUGAGGAUUUGUCAGGAGUGGGAGGGAAUUACUACUGAGACUAAUAUUUUGGAAUGA